CUUCACUUCCACAUCACACAAUUCCUCCUGGAACCACUUCUACCAGCUUACUCUUUCCCGGGGAAUUGAAGUUGAAAUUUCCUCUUCUUCUUCUUCUUCUUCUACGAGAUUCUACUGCAUUUCUUCGAAUCAAGACUUCCAAAAAUGAAGAAAGUAGUGUUGCAGUUGGAUGUUUGCAACGACAAGUGCAAGGCAAAAGCCAUGAAAACAGUCUCGGGUUUUGAUGGUAUUGUUGAAUUUCAUUUGCGCAUUCAUUCAAUUCUCGUUUUGAUCGUCGAAAACUUGAGAUCUCUAAGCUGACGAUCGAACUCGAUUCGGGUUCUUCAAUUAAAUCUGUAGGUGUUGAGUCGAUUUCGAUGGACAUGAAGAACAGAAAGUUGACGCUGACUGGAAGUGUGGAUCCGGUGUUGGUGGUCAAAAAACUGAGGAAGACAUAUUCAACGGAUAUAGUGUCGGUCGGACCGGCGAAGUAGCCGGAGAAGAAAUAGGAAUAGCUGAAGAGAGAGGGGAAUAAGAGGAACCAAAGAAAGAUCAAAGUUGUUUACACUUUGUUGAACUGAUUCAGUAUUAGUACUAUUAGUUUUUCCUUUUUCUAAACAAGUACUCAAGGUCGGGUUCGAAACUCGUUCAUAUAAUAGGAGAAAAAUGCACAUCAAGUUGACAAACCGUCAAUCGACGCAAAGAGAGGUGAGGUGCAGUGUUACUACUAUUAGUUGUCGGAAUGAUUUGGAAAAAAUAAAAUAAAACUUUCUCG